GUUUUUUCUGCCGACCUGCGUCGCAGACGGGAGCGGCGCUCACCGCCUUCCCGGGUCGCAGCUGCUUUGCAAUUGGUCUAAACGCGGAGUGGGCGGGGCAAAGGGUGCGCGACUCCUUGUCCCCUGUCCAAGAUGGCUGCGUCCAUGGCGCGCCGCUUGUGGCCUUUGGUGGCUGGUCGGGGUCUUCGGCCCCGGAGAGGCUGCGUCCGCAGCCAUAGCCCGAGGAGAAUUUUCGCCACGGAGAGACGAGACCGGAACCUCCUGUACGAGCACGCGCGCGAGGGCUACAGCGCGCUCCCUGAGCUGGACAUGGAGCGCCUGUGCGCAUGCCCGGAAGAGGCCGCGCGCGCCCUGCAGCUCCGCAAGGGGGAGCUGCGGCCGGAAGACCUGCCCGCGAUCAUCUCAACAUGGCAGGAGCUGAGGCAGCUGCAGGAGCAGAUCCGGAGUCUGGAGGAAGAGAAGGGGACUGUGGCUGAGGCAGUACGGGCCCUGCUGGUAAACCAGGACAACAGUCAAGUGCAGCAGGACCCCCAGUAUCAGAGUCUGCGGGCACAUGGCCGGGAGAUCCGCAAGCAGCUCACGGUCCUGUACCCCAAGGAGACCCAGCUCAAGGAGCAGUUCUACCUACAGGCGCUGAAGCUGCCCAACCGGACCCACCCGGAUGUGCCCACCGGGGACGAGAGCCAGGCCCGAGUGCUCCACGUGGUCGGAGACAAGCCAGCUUUCUCCUUCCAACCCCGGGGCCACCUGGAAAUCGCAGAGAAACUCGACAUCCUCCGGCAGAAGCGCCUGUCCCAUGUGUCCGGCCACCGCUCCUAUUACCUGCGUGGGGCUGGUGCCCUCCUGCAGCACGGCCUGGUCAACUUCACACUCAACAAGCUCAUCCACCGGGGCUUCACCCCCAUGACGGUGCCAGACCUCCUCCGAGGAGCUGUGUUUGAAGGCUGUGGGAUGACGCCAAAUGCCAACCCAUCCCAGAUUUACAACAUCGACCCCUCCCGCUUUGAAGACCUCAACCUGGCUGGGACAGCAGAGGUGGGGCUUGCAGGCUACUUCAUGGACCACUCCGUGGCCUUCAGGGAUCUGCCGAUCAGGAUGGUUUGUUCUAGUACCUGCUACCGGGCCGAGACAGACACAGGGAAGGAGCCACGGGGACUGUAUCGAGUACACCACUUCACCAAGGUGGAGAUGUUUGGGGUGACAGGCCCUGGUCUGGAGCAGAGCUCACAGCUGCUGGAUGAGUUCCUGUCCCUGCAGAUGGAGAUCUUGACAGAGCUGGGCCUGCACUUCCGCGUCCUGGACAUGCCCACCCAGGAACUGGGCCUUCCCGCCUACCGCAAGUUUGAUAUCGAGGCCUGGAUGCCAGGCCGCGGCCGCUUUGGCGAGGUCACCAGCGCCUCCAACUGCACGGACUUCCAGAGCCGCCGGCUGCACAUCAUGUUCCAGAAGGAGGCCGGGGAACUGCAGUUCGCCCACACGGUGAACGCCACGGCCUGUGCUGUCCCUCGCCUCCUCAUCGCCCUCCUGGAGAGCAACCAGCAAGAGGAUGGCUCCGUCCUCGUGCCCCCUGCCCUCCAGCCCUACCUUGGCACCGAUCGGAUCACCGUCCCCACUCACGUGCCUCUCCAGUACAUCGGCCCCAACCAGCCCCAGAAGUCCAGGCUCCCUGGCCAGCCUGUUCCGAGCUGAGAGCUCACUCUCAUCAGUCAGCAGGGCUGUCGCUGCUUCCUGGAGCCCAGGGGACUCUGGAAACCCAGGACCUAUUUUCCUGAGCCUGUCCUGACAUCUGCAUUCCUCGUGUCAGCUCCGUGCCUGGGCCCCUUCCCUUCUUCCCUGAUUUCCUCAGAACCAGCCAGUGACCCUGUCAUCAGGUCAGCCCAACCCUGCACCAGAAAGCAGGACAUCUGGGGACUUGACGGUUGUAAGGACAGGGAAGGAGAGGAAGAGUCCCCAGCCCUCCUUCCUUCCCUCCCUCAGGAUGUAGCAGAAAGUCCCCAAUAAAUGGUCAGAACCAA